AUGGACAAAAAGACGAAAGCUCUUUCUGCUGUUGCCGAGGACCAAUCUUCCCCUAGGACGUCACGUUCGUCCACGAAACACGUCGCCGACUCUGAAACAAUACAAUCAUUAUCAGCAACCACUUCUCCUACUCCUUCUCCAUCCAGUAAGAAGCGUAAAGCCGUAGAUCCACCGUCUCCAUUGGAAUCUCCAUCGUCAUCGUCACGUUAUCCAAAAAGAGCACGCUCAGUACCAGUUUCUCCUUCUACUAAUCGAACAGAAUCAUCGAAACGCAAGCGCUCUGUAGGCGACGUCGCGCAAUCACUGGAACUAGCCGAAGAACCCAAGUCGUCUAUCGACGCAUCGCCUAGACGAAAGCGUCAAGCUGCCGUAGUAGCUGCCUCAAAUAUAUCAUCAACAUAUACAACUGGUCGUACCACCACCAGUACUGCAAACACUCCUCCAGUGCCCUCACCUAUGGCUAAGGAGAAAGGUAAAUCAAAGAAAUCAAUUCCUGACGUAGAACAAGACGAGGAAGAUGCAUCCGUCUUCAGUUCAAUGGUAGACGAUGAAACACUUCUAGUAGAUUCAGGGGCUAGAAGGAAUAAGAGUCGUAAUCGCACCAGUAGAAAGGAACGCAAAGCCAAAGAUCAAGAUGCUCCAUCAUCGUCUCCCAGUAAAAAUAGUAGUGAUGCACCAGUUAUUCGCAAGACUCGAUCAAGGCAAGGUGAUCCUGACCCUGUUCCUGUGGAGGAACCAGAAUCACCUGCCACUUCGUCCAAUGAGUUGAAACCUCCAGCACCCCCAACACACGGAGGAGACACUAAAGAUAAACCACCAGCUACCUCAACAUCAAAUCCAACUCCGCCAGCUACCGAAACAAAUCCAGAUCAACCUCAUAUAGAUCGUAUGGAUGAAGACGAAGAUGACGAUGAAGACGAUGACGACUAUGGAAUGCACGAUAUGCCACGACCACCUCAUUCAGCAGGAAGCUCAGCAAUUCCUUCAACGGGUACUAGUAUUGCUGCAGCAGCUACCAAUGCAUUACGAAACUAUGAUAUUUUGAGUGGAAUGUCACGAGCGUCUCUGAGUCCUCGUUGGCGCGAAACUCUAGAAAGCAUCAAAUCAGGAGAACCAGAUAGACAGGAACGAGCAUUACAAGAGAUUGCCAAUCUGCUUGCAAUGACUCAAGAGGGGGACUUCCCGCGAACAAUGGCUGGCUUCAGUAUUGAUGACUUUAUUCGUGCUUGGCUUGAAAUCUUACAGCUGCCAAUGCCAGAGUUGGAUGAAAGCAUUGCUCUGUUCAUCAGUGAAUUAGGUGAUGCAGCUCAAGACUUUUUAGAAGAGCUAGAUCCGACUCAUUCUGGUCCAAUUCGAGUCUUGUGUCUCAGGUGUUUGACAAACCUUCUCGAUGUCAAUCCCCCAUCAGCCCUCCACCUCAUCGCCAAUGACGGCAUUACGGUCCUAGUAGAGCACUGUCUAUCUAUAACACGUCAAGAGCAUCGAGAUAUUGCAGAGAAUGCUCUUGCUGUAAUUGAAAGGAUUGCUAGAGACUAUAGUGAAGCUGUUAUCAAGGCUGGUGCAUUAGAAUCCUGCUUGAACAAGCUAGAAUUCUAUAGUACACACUAUCAACGUAUUGGCUCGGCUGCUGUAUCAUAUGCAUGUACCCGUCUACCCAUUAGUCGAGCUCCAGUACCACCAGCUGCGGUCCCUCAUACCUUGAAUAUGAUCGAGUUGGCUGUACCAUAUCUACCCGCGUUAAUCAAUCAUCACGAUGCCAAGGUAGCCGAAAAUAUAGUACGAGCAACAUCACAUAUAGUACAAUGGGCUGCUCAAUGGGAGACAGUUGGUGAUCGAGUAUUGGGAGUAGCUGGUGAUGCACUCUUGGUAAAUUCGCUUAAGUUGAUUACUCCUGCUACACCUGGCAAUGCUCCAUCUCUAGCAUUCACCAAUCCAGCCAUUUUCUCACAUAUACUCAAGAUGUUUACUGGUGUUGCCAAGGGGUUACCUAGUAUGUCUCGUAAUCUACUGGUAGAUUUAGGUUUUCCAGAAGUAUUGAAAGGAAUUCUGACUGGUGGUGCAGUCCUCACUCAGAAUGAAAAUGGUGUAUGGGAUUUAGAAGAGUUGGCGACUGUAGUAGCAUCAGCUUGUCAAUCUCGCUCAUCAGAGUCAUUGGUUGAUAUAUUGACUUUGGCAUCUGAGUUGCUACCCAAACUGCCAUCUGAUGGAAUAUGGACGACACGAGUGCCCGAAUCUGAGAGCAAUAAAGUUGAAACAGAAACGGCGCCAGCACCCGUACAAACACCCACAUCGGCAUCUCCAUCAAAAUUAGCCAGGGGUAGAGAAGCAGCUGCUUCUGCUGCCGCAUCUGCUGCUGUCAGUGUUGCUGCCAAAUAUAAACGUCGUGUCGUUAUGCUCAAAGAGAAUCCAGAAAUGCUGAUGGCAUACACAUCAGAGUUGAUGCCAAUUCUCAUUGAGGUAUUCAAUGCUAGCGCCAAUUCUGAUGUACGACGAAAAGCAGUGGAAUGUGUCGCUAAAGCUGUAGCACACUCAAGCGAUGCAGACAUUCUUGCCAAUGCCUUGUCCAAGUGCAAGUCAUUUGGCAAGUUUGUAUCUGACUUGAUUGCCGUAAAAGAAAUUGCUCUAGCUCCAGAUUCUACUGUCCCAACACAAGACCGCCGUGAUGCCUUGAUAUUAGUCAGUGCUGGUAUACAGAUAGCUCAAACAGUCACUACCAAAUGUGGUGAUCGUUUGGGAUCUAUAUUUGCUAGAGAAGGAGUCUUGUCUGAAAUGGAGCGGGUUGUAGAAUUGGGAGAUCGACCUUCCAUACCCAUGUCACCUGCCAAACUAGCUGCAUCCAAUAGUAUGAACGACUUGGUACCUUACUUUAAGCAAAUGCGUAAUCGCAGUCGGCUGGGUGGAUUGUUGACGGCAUUGUUUGGUAGCGAGAAUGGUCCAUCUAUGAAUAAUGCCAACACUAGUGAGAAGUUACGACGUCUCAGAUCAUUAGCUGAAGCAUUAGAAGAUGCUGAAGAUGAUGGUGAAGAAGUUGAAAUUACAGGUGGUAAUGGUGGUGAUGACGAAGAAUCCACACCAAAACCAAAACCGGCAUUGCACAUAAACGAAGCAGGAGAAGCAAGUGCCUCUGCCGAUUCCAGUAGUAAGCCAGCAGUGCCUGAAGAAGGAUCAACGUCAACCAGUAGUAAAGCCGAAAAGGGUAAAGCUCCUGUAGUUACUGAAGAGACUACUGCUUCUACGAGUAGUUCUGAAGCCAAACUGGAAAAGACCAAAUCCACGGGUGCGGACAAAACAGCUACAGCUACAUCUGCAUCACCAACUCCGGAUCCAGCUAUGCAAGAGCAGCAAUAUCUUCAAACUCUUGAACGAAUCAUCCGCAGUGAAGGCGAUGGAUCGUCGCCUUCACCACUUCCAGCUGUAAAGGUCCUUAAUGAAGAGUCAGUAUCUGAGGCAGACAUUCAAGAGUGGAUUGUGUGGAUGUGUCGUAAAAUUGUAGCUGAAUCUCGAUUAGAUGGUGCUGGGCUCAAAAGGAAGGAUCAAGUCCUUGAUGAGUUGAGACGACUAGGCUCUGAAUUAAAAGCUCUGUCUGCUCCUGAAGGAGACUCAGAGCCUGGAGGAUUGGCAUUAUCGACUCUCAACAAAGUUGCUCAACACUUUGCUACUCAGAGCACUGUAGAAGGUGUUGGUAUCACUGGAUUUGAGAUACUCGAGUCUGGAAUUAUAGAUGCCAUCUCAGAGUAUUUGUCAACUCCAGCUCCUUGUGAUUUGGUUGAGCCUCCAGCACCAGAAGAUUCUGAAGGCAAUGCAGUAUAUCAAUCUGGUAUAAUGCUGCGUCUUCGAGCCUUCUUACAUGUCUUUAUGAAUGGACCCACACCAGAUCCAAGACAUGGAAACUAUUUUGUGCCAAACGCUUUUAGGCGUCUCGUCCAACGUCUGCAAGAGUCAUUGGCUCGAGCUGAACGAUUCGAAAUAUCUACUGGCACACCAGCUUCAGCGUCUGCGUAUACAGGAUAUGAUGGAGGUAGUGGCUUAUAUGGUUUACUGAGUGGCUCUUAUGGAAUGGGUCCACGAGAAGCACAAAACCCAUCAUUGCAAUUAGCUCGACAAUUACGAAUCAAGCUUAUUGCUGAAGACCCAACUACAGUGCCAGCACAGUAUCGAGCUCUACUUGUUAGUGUCCAUGCUGUAGCUGCCUUUCAAUCUAUAGAGGAUUUCUUGAAGCCAAAGAUAGCUCAUAUGCCUCCUGCUGAAACUGUGGAGAACCCUGCUACAACAAGUACCUCUACUAGUACCGAAGCUGGAGGAACAGCAUCUACCGAAAAGGUUGCUGAUGCCUCAACCACAGCAGGCAACCCAACGAAUAGUGGUGAUGAUGUUGAGAAACCACAGCCCAACGAUACUGAUACUGUGGCUGAUGCUCCUGUAGUAGUUCAAAAGACUACUACAGAAGCUACACCCGUAACAAAUGAAAGAGACGUUGGUGAUGAUGAAGAUAUGCCGGAUCAUAAGGAGGAUGACGUGGCCAUUCGAGAACAAAUUGCAAUAGGAGAGCAUGAUGAGGAUCAUGAUAUGGAUGAUGAAUAUCACGAUGAUGGCGAUGACGAUGAUAUGAUGGACGAUCAAACUGGUAGUACUCUCAGUGACUUGCUUCUGCAUACUGAAGAGAUGCAACGUCUUCAUCGUGGUCAAAAUGAAACUAGUACGCCACCUAGUGGUUCCUCGACCCAUCGUCGAACAAGUGUAGUAGAUUUGAGACUAGAUCCUCCAGCCUCGUCUCCUACAACGGAAUCUCAACCACCCAGUCAGAACCCUGCAACUGACUCUGCCAAUACACCUCCACAACCACCAUCAUCAGCAACCACAACCGAUGCUGUUGAGGACAAAUCUGUAAGUACCAGUCAAACUACACAGAAAGCAACAGCUUCGUCUUCCACGGCUUCCAUGUCUUAUGCCAGUGUAGCCGCUGCUGGUCAAAAUAGUUUCAAGGUGCAAUUUAUCAUUGAUGAUACAGUUGUGCCCACGUCGUCAACCAUAUUCGGUGCACUGUAUAGCAGUGAACGGUCAAAGCGUAUUGCAUCAGGUCAAUCAGCUUCUCAAAUCAAUGUAUUUAGUCAAAUAUGCUCCAUCAAGUAUAGAAAGGUGCCCAUCAAUGAAGCAUCAUUGAGUGCUGAUAAAUUAGAUGAUGGAGAGAAGAGUAACGAUGAAGUAGAGGGAACUGACAAUGCUCACAAACUUAAAGUACGACUGCCGUACGAGACUGAUGCACCAACGGGUGUAGCCAAAGACUCGAUAGCUGGUAAACUCAUGCAUCUACUUCGACUCUUAUAUGGGUUGAAUACGUCUUGGCAUGAUAUCUACUCUGAAGAUGAAAGUGAUUCCACAGCUGUAGAAUUAGAUAGUGUCGAAGCUGCUGCAGCCGCCGCUGAAGACUCGGUCUUACGUAAACCUCCUCAAGCAGUAGUCCAUGUACCUCAUGACACGACACCGAUAACGAUUGCACCUCUACCGCUGAAGGCCUUUAAUAGCUCUAAACUAACGGCCAAACUCAAUCGACAAUUGGAUGAGCCUCUGAUUGUUGCAGGUCACGUACUUCCAGAUUGGUGUACAGCUGUAGCUCGUGACUUCUCCUUCUUGGUGCCCUUCGAAACACGCCUCAUAUAUUUGCAAUCAACAUCAUUUGGGUAUUCGAGAUCGAUGAAUCGCUGGCAAAAUGCUCAACAACAGCAAUCAGCUGCUUCUGGGUCUCGUCGUGCUGAGCAACCACAACUACUUGGUCGUAUGUCGCGUCAAAAAGUCCGUAUUCCUCGAGCGCGAUUAUUAGAUACGAUGAUCAAAAUCAUGGAAUCGUGGGGUAGUACUCAGUCUUUAUUGGAAAUUGAAUAUCAAGAUGAAGUCGGUACAGGUCUGGGUCCUACUUUGGAAUUCUAUUCCACAGUAUGUCGUGAAGUACGUCUACGAAGUGGAGUGGCCAUUGGAGCUGUAUCUAAAAGUAAAAGUAAACGAACAUCGUCUUCAGUAUUGUCAACUAAAGCCAGUCAAGAUCUAAUCAAACCCAGUGGCGCAUAUCGUGUAUGGAGAGAUGAUGGAGGAAUGGGAGCUACACGUGCUGCCAAGAAGCCUUCGCCUACCAAGAGUAAAAGUAAGAGUAGUAAAGGAAAAGGCAAACCUCCAAGCAGUAAAGAUAGUGACGACGUUGAGAUGGUUGCAGUUGAUGCCAAACCAGAGGAACCAGCAAUGCACGAUGAAGUAGUCAACUCUCCACUCGGUCUCUUCCCAGCCCCAAUGACACAGGAACAAGCCGAAUCAGAAGCAGGAGAGAGAGUAUUGAACCUGUUUUUGCACUUGGGCACCUUUGUCGCAAAAGCUCUAUUGGACUCUCGUAUCAUUGAUUUGCCAUUCAGUCCUCUCUUUAUUGAACUGGUGGUCAUGAAUGGCGUAUCAGAUCCAAGUACUCGUGGACCAUUGCUUCAUUCCAUUAAACAUGUUGAUCCAUCUCUACACGCAUCACUCUUAAAGUUGAGGCAGUGUGUGACUAUGAAGAAGAUGAUUGAAAAUCAAACGAAUCUCAGCAGUGAAGAAAAGCAACGACGUAUAAAAGAUAUAAAGAUGCAAGACGCAUCGAUAGAAGACCUGUCUUUAGAUUUUACUCUGCCAGGAUAUCCCGAUAUCGAAUUGGUAGAUGAUGGAACCAACGUUCCAGUCACUCUCGACAACUUGGACUUGUAUAUUGAUCGGGUUACCGAAAUGACUAUAUCAGAAGGCAUUAUGAAGCAAGUCAAUGCCUUCCGUCAAGGUUUUAAUCUCGUAUUCCCCAUCUCGGAUCUAAAGUCGUUUACAGUCCAAGAGUUGAGUGUCAUGACUGGUGGAUCGGCUGAAGAAGACUGGUCGCCCAAUACCAUUGCAGAUGCCAUCAAAGCAGAUCAUGGAUAUUCGUCGACAUCACAGCAGGUAGAAUGGUUGGUGAACAUACUCUCGGAUUAUGAUAAAGGACGACGACGAGAAUUCCUUCAAUUUGUGAGUGGAGCACCCAAACUACCAUUUGGAGGAUUCAAAGUACUCAAUCCACCACUGACGGUGGUUCGUCGAGAUGGCAGACGUCCAGAUGAGGACUUACCUAGUGUCAUGACUUGUACAAAUUAUUUGAAGAUUCCACCAUAUUCUUCAAUGCAAAUAAUGAAGGAGAGGUUGGGAGUAGCUAUAAGGGAAGGUGCAGGGUGUUUCCACUUGUCAUAA